GCAGCCAAAAAGAAUGAUGAAAGCAAAGAUGGGAGGAGAAAAAAAGUCAAAAACAAGUGAAGUUAGAGAUUUUGUAAAUAUCCUUACAUAUAUACUCACAGGUGUUCUUGAGCAAGCAAGCACACAAAAACCCCCAUCAAAUUUAUCUUCUGGGUAUCUUUUUUUAACUCAAGAACUUUUUUACUGCUCUGUUAAAAAAAAUAAAGCCCAAGAAUCUGCUGCUGGUGCUGCUUAUAAAUUGGGGUCGCAGUAAAUGGUGAAAAGUUAAUUGCAAUCGGCUGCUGCUUUUUGUUUUCAAGUUUCAUUUUGUGAGGAAGAAGAUGAUGACGAAUGGAAGUCCUAGGACUGAUACUUCUACGGACGGGGAUACCGAUGAUAGGGCUCCUGGGUUCAAUAACGGUCAAAUGGCGGUUUCAGAUGCUAGCGAAAGGUCAAGGGAUCAAAAGACACUUCGUAGACUUGCCCAAAAUCGCGAAGCUGCAAGAAAGAGCCGGUUAAGGAAAAAGGCUUAUGUCCAACAACUUGAGAGUAGCAGAAUGCAGCUGACUCAACUCGAACAAGAGCUUCAACGUGCUAGGCAGCAGGGUAAAUAUAUUUCAAGUUCAGGGGAUGCUCAAUCAAUUAGUGCAAAUGGAGCCUUGGCAUUCGAUGUAGAAUAUGCACGGUGGCUGGAAGAGCAUACCAGGCGAGCCAAUGAGCUGAGAGGAGCUGUCAGUGCCCAUGCGGGUGAUGCUGAACUACGCAUCAUUGUGGAUGGCCUCUUAACACACUAUGAUGACAUUUACAGGAUAAAAUCUGAGGCGGCCAAGGCUGAUGUUUUCCAUAUCUUAUCAGGAAUGUGGAAAACACCCGCAGAGAGGUGCUUUCUCUGGCUGGGAGGAUUUCGUUCAUCUGAAUUACUUAAGAUGCUUAUCAGCAAGUUGGAGCCUUUGACUGAGCAACAGUUGUUGGCUAUCACCAAUUUGCAGCAGUCCUCCCAACAGGCAGAGGAUGCUUUAUCACAGGGAAUGGAGGCACUGCAGCAGUCCUUGGCUGACACUCUGGCCGGUUCACAGACCCCAAUAAAUUCACCAGGAAAUGUCGCCAAUUAUAUGGGACAAAUGGCUAUGGCAAUGGGAAAGCUCGGAACCCUGGAAAAUUUUAUUCGACAGGCAGACAAUCUUAGGCAGCAAACGUUCCAGCAGUUGCAUCGCAUACUAACAACUCGCCAGUCUGCUCGUGCUCUUAUUGCAGUCAAUGACUAUUCAUCUCGUCUCCGAGCUCUUAGCUCCCUCUGGCUUGCCCGUCCCCGGGAGUGAGAAUGUAAUGGUUUGUUAUCACAUAGGAUAUAAUUGCCGCCUUUUGGACUUUACUGAAUUGAGGUUCUGUAGCAGAGGCAGCCAAACAGGGUAUGAAGACAGUUUAUGAAGAAACAUGUUUUCGUUAUAGUUAACUUUGACCUUUAGUUUUAGUCUUGCUGAAUCCAACCUAGCUUUGGAUAUGUGAUUCCAGCAAGUUUUAAGUUUAUGGGUGAAGUAGAUUCUCUGGUUUUAAAUAAUUACAAAUAGUCCUUGCUUUUGUGGUUAUUUGGUAUAGAACUGGAAUAAUUGAUAAUUUGCUUUUCAUGUGUUGAAGUAGUUGUUUCAUGUUUGUGUA